UGGUUCGGGACGGUUCGUUUGUGUCGCACGUUCAUGCUAGGAUACUUAUUUGAUUCGUUUGCGGUUUUCAGUAGAACAACACAUACCUUCACAUAAGGUUCUGAGCCGAAUUGUUUAUUCCUUCGUUUUCCAUUCUGUUCUUUCCAGUAAGUAGUGUGCCACUGAUAAAAAAUAAGAACAGUCCAAAAGAGAAUUCAGUGUCGUAAAAGCAUCCGCCUGUGUACGACUUUGUAUGAAGUUUGGAAGGUUAAACAAAGCUGCGGCUAUUCGGAAAUAAUUUUCCAGAAACAAGUGCCAAUUAAGUGCUAAUUGUUUUGACAAAAAGUGUAAUAACUCUGAGCCGAUACUGAUAGAGAUAGCUCAUUUUUUUUGGAAUACAAAAUGUCCAGUGGUAUUCAGAUAACAGCCGACGAUAAACCGUCGACCGGCAUUACGACGCCAACAAAGCCGGCAUCGAACAUCCCUUCGAGCCCGUCUCACCUACAGCUUCCGUCGCCCAUCAUCACACGCCGCACCAGAACGGCCUCCACAUCGGACCGUGCGAUGCGUAACCCAAUCGAGGACGGAAAAGUAAGAUCUUUCAGCAGAAGCAAAGGUCACGGUUUCAUAGCACCUGCAUCUGGAGGAGACGAUAUUUUCGUGCACAUUUCAGACAUUGAAGGUGAAUAUGUGCCACUGCCAGGUGACGAGGUCAGUUACCGUCUGUGCACGAUUCCACCCAAGUUCGAGAAGGUACAAGCGAUCCAUGUGCACAUCACAAACCUGACCCCGGAGAAGCACUGCAGAUGGGAGGAGACAGCAUCGCCCUGCAAGUCCCCAGAUGGCUCCAGGCUGCACUAGGAUUCGGCACACGCAACAGCAACAACAACAAUGAUGCAUUAUUGUCCUCACUGAUAUGAAAAACAAACAAGAACCAGGCUCAGGCUAAGCGAAUUAAUGGGUUUGCGUCAAUUCCUAUCGCAGCAGCAAUUCAUUCCACUUGCACUCUUCACUUCCACUCUAGGAUCCUCGUGUUCAUUUUUUUCCUGAUUCUCAAGAUGUCCAAUGCGAACUGAGCAUAUUUAUGAAUAAAAAGAAAGUAGAUAUAUUUUUGGGACGAAUCAAUCUGCGUUCGCAUUGUGGUUUAACCAUCCUUCGGGAACGAACACAGGGAAUCAAAUUCUGAUUUGUAUUUGGUUAUAUUUUUCGCCCAUCUGCAUAUGGCAAAGCCAAAUGUGAAGGAAAAAAAAUAAAAAAGGUUUCCCAACAUCAUCGUGGUCUGUCAGAAGAGACACUCUGAUAUAUGUGAUAUGGUAUUUUUGGUAUGAUUGAAGUAAAACUCGAAAUAUAAAUAUGCUUCAGUCGGUGGAGAAGCGAAUGAUGAUUGAAAUAAUGCCAAUCAUUAGGUCUGAUAUUAAUUCGAAAUGCGUCUACCGUUCUCCCUUUUGUCUAUCCUAAUUUGUCGAUUGUUCGUAGUUGAGUUAAGCCGGGUUUAUACGUUGUCAGUUACUCGGUGCGAGUUAAGCGCUAAACCAGGGGUUCUCAAAGUGGUCGGUGGGUAUCGACCCCUUGGGGUCGAUAUUGGUUUCUCAGGGGUCGACAUGAACGAAAAUUUAUUUUGGGGGUCGACGAGAUCUAAAAAUUGACCCCCAAUAAUUAACACAAGUUCUUGUUUGAAACCGUCAAGAUAGACUAUAAGCUGUGUUACGUGAUCCAACUUGAUUUUUAGUAGAAAGUAUUAUUGUUGUACUUUUCAAUAAUUCAAUAAAUAGAUAAGCGCGCAUAAGUUCGUAUAAAAUGAAAAAUUCGCAAGUACAUUUGGCAUUUGCGUUAUGAAAUUUGCUGAAACUUGAAAACACUUAUUUACUAAUUUAAUUUGAGAGAUUGCAAUAGUAGAAAUAGAAAACAAGUCACGCGGUUCAAUUCAAAACGCUGAUUUAAAAAAAAAAUCAUCAUUAACGUACGGAUUUUAUAUUUUUGUCGAAAAUUAAUUGCUUCCGCCAGUAUUUGCGAGUAAUUUGUAUUAACAUAUUUACAAUUAAAAUAAUAUUUAUAUAAUUUUACAUCUAUCAUCAAUCAUCAAGUUUACUAGCCUCACCCACGGUUGCCUGCCUUCCAGAUUUGUCUGGAAUCAUACAGACUUUGAUAAAUUAUCCAAAUAUUCAGAUUAUCCGUUGUCAAGUCCAGACUUUCUGCACUUUACCCAGAUUUUUCCAGAUUAAAGAAAAAUCUGUAAUCAUAUUUGACUUUAUUGAGUUGGUUUGGAAAGCUAGUUUGUGCUAGUUUUAUCGAAACAGUUAUUCAAAAUGACAUCACUGAUUCCACAGAAUGGACUAAGAGGCCAGACUGAGCUGGCUUUCUCAGAGCACCGAUAAGCAUGCUGGUUACUACAAAGUAUGUAAUAAAGACAUAAUGUGUCUUGGAUGAUUCAAGGAUUUCUUGACGCAUUCUACGACUGAGAAGCACAAAAGCGACUGCUGUGAAUGUUCCCGGAGAUGGUCAAUACGAAGAGCCCAUUAAUCAUUUGCGAAGCAAUGCGUUCAGUUUGAUUGCCGACGAAACGAUUGAUCUGUUGAAGAAAUAGUCACUAGCCUUAAGAUACAUGUACACUGUUUGUCCGGAAAUCAAAAAAUUGACACUUUUUGACUGAUAAUUUGUACAAACACUAUUUUGUUUGACACUCAUCAAUUAUCAACAGUGGCAAACAAUGUCAAACAUCGAACGUGGAAAAAAUCGACUGAAAUAUUUAAGGUAACUUAACCAUGUACCAACAGAUUCGAAAAACAGACCUAAACAAUAUUUUAGGCAUCCCAUAACUGAAUAUUUGCUUGUCGUGUUUUGUGUCGAAUAUAUUUGACCAGUACACGUAGAUGAUAUUUUAUCUGUCUGAAAGAAUCAAAUAUAUGGCUUCGAUCAUACAGUGUACGAGCACCCUCAGUAGCCAUGAAUGAUUGCUUUUAUGACCUUAUAUAGGUUACCGAAACGGAUUCUAGAACGAUGUAUGACGAGAUGGUUUCGUUGUUCAAGAGGAUCAAAAUUGCAUAUCAAAUUUAUUUGAUUGGCUAUGUGACUGAUGGAGCAAAGACCAUGACUUCACCAGGCAACUCACUUGGUGCUUCGCUUAAAAGAGAUUGUGGAUCGCUUUUCAUUAUGAAGUGUAUGCGAUAUAGUUCUGGUUAAGGCUCUUCGUAUGCGUGUAAGCAUAAUCCAGAUGAAAUUGAGCAAACCAAUAGCUGUCUUAGCUGCAGUCCCUUGCGGACUAGUAAGUAUGAUGGGAUUCAGGAAAUUCCUGAAUUAAAGCCCAAAAGUGCUUGACAGAUAUGAACCACUCCGAAUCUACUUUGGAUUUGUGAAAUAUGUUAUCCAUGUUGAGAACGCCAAAGUGGUAGACUGAUAUUUAUUUGACAUUUUUGUCAUACAUACUCAAAAUGAUUAACAACAUGAACGAGCAUUUCUCGACUUUUCCGCACGAUAUUGGAUAUUUUUCACAAUUGAGCAAUGAUAAUUUUUUAGACUACUCUCCGGAUGGACGAACCAAUGUAGGCAUAUUUUGGGGUAAAGUUCUAGCCACAACUGCCCGUGGUGGUGAUAGGCAUUUCCGCAAUUGAGGAAAUUUAUCACAAAAAAAUUAACUGAACACCGAAGAAAGUGGUUGGUGCACAUGUCUGCGACCAUCCAGUUUAUAUAUAAUGCGUCGAUAUAUGAUAAGAAGAAAUAACUGUUAAACAAUGUUUAAGUAUGGUCGGCGUUAAGUCAGACCGGACCAUGUGACAUUUUUAUGAUUUUGAGAAAAACGAGUUUGAAGUUGCUAUAAGGGGUUUUCAAUGGGCUUUCAAAACAAUUUCGAUAAGUUAUUCCUUCUGUACGCGUGAUUUUACACAUCUGAUAAAUGUGAAUUACACAUCUGAUAAAUGUGAAUUGUAGCUUACAAAAUGUUUAACCAAAUGCAAUCAAUAACUCGAAAUUUUUAAUUUUGCGACUUGGUCCGCUCUGAUUUAACACCAACCAUAUGUAAAAAUGUUAAUUAAUUGAUUGUUUUGAAUUAUAGAGACUUUUAACUUUUGCAGGUCUAGGCCUGAGAAGGACCCUUGUUGACAAAUUCAAUCCAAACGCCUCCUUCACCUGCCUUGAGAAAGACACUUAAUCUGUUCUGUUCUGUUCAAUACAUGUGGCAACCCUGGCUUAACACUUUAUAAGGACGUGAGAACUAGGCAAGGAAUCGACUCAAACUUCGGGGAACACAAUCCUUACAUGAGAAAGAACACAUUACCUUUGAUAGAAAAAUAAACUAUUGAAACAGUUGAAAAAAUAGCAAAAAAUAGUUGCCGCUGCCCGUGAACCCCAAAAACACUGCUUGCCACUGUCUUGUAAGCUCAUUUUAUUGCGCUUUUGGUUAUACUAAAAUUUAAAAAAUAUCUCUAGUGCGGCAAAAAAAAUAUUUUCUGUGGGUGGCAAUAUAGUUGUUACGGCCUUAUAACAGGUUAACCAACAGCAAAGUCUUUAAAUUAGUAAGAAUUUUGUAUGAAUAAGACAGAAACUAGAAAUAGAUUUUUGUUUAAAAAAUUUGGCUACAGAGGUCUGAAAUAUCACUUCAUUCUGGAAAAGGUGUCUAUUGCCCAAAAUUUUUUGAGAACCCCUGCGCUAAACGAACCGAAGAAUGACAAACAUACCCAUACCACAUAAUUUGACAUUUGAUUUGUAUGUAUGGAGCUACUCGCCCGUUUAAAAACAAAAAACUUUGAAGUAGCUCGGUUACGGGUAGUCUCAUACAUACAAAUCAAAUGUCAAAUUUUGUGGUAUGGGAUGUUUGUCAUUCUACGGUUUGUUUAGCGCUUUACUCGCUCCGAGUAACUGACAACGUAUAAACCCAGCUUUAAAGUAAGAUCCUUUCGAAUCACGUAAGAAUAGAGGCGAAUGAACUGCAAAGUUUAAAGCCUCUUAAAAACAAAGAAAGAAAGAAGAAAGAAUCACGUAAUCUAACAGUUGCCGCCUUUUCUAUGGAACUGUUGAGAAAGAGUCAGAAUAUGAUAGAUGUAAUCAGAUGUGCCUCGCACGUUUAGAAUCAUUUAACCAUUUCUCCGAAAAAAAGGGCUGCGGUUUCAGAAAAAACACCCUUUAAUUUUUUUACAAAACGUGUUCAUAUCCAACAUACAACAUACCACAUUAAUAGCAUUAAAAACGAUAGUGUAGAGCGUACAAAUUUCCGUCAUCAUCCGAACAAUCACGUCACAUACGUAUAACGACCGAACACAAACAUUAUCCCGCGAAGGCCAACCGUUACCUCAUUCUCGUUUCUAGAUGUAAUCCACCUUUUGAAAACCACCCAAGAGUGCGAUAAAACUGCGAUGAAGCAACAAGUUAAUUGAUAACAGGCAUUUUUGACAAGUAAAUUGAUAAGCAAGGGAACCAAGUUUGCGCGUCGUAAUCAUUACGCACAUAUAGAUGUCACACAGACCUUUGAACACCAACAUCCCUGCCCAAAAAAAAAAGAGUACAGCACCAUUAAUAUAAACACUUAACCACACAUGGUAAAUGCAUGUUUUACGGCUCGUAUUGUGCUGGUAAUGUGUUAAGCAUGCAUUAUAUUAGAAUAGUUUUAGAGUCAUCUACAUGUUGAAAUGUCCAGAAGUAGUAGUUAAGUCGAGCGAACAAAGUUUUUCACCCAUUCAUCCCCUGACCCCUUGCUCAUUUCGUGCUGCGAUUUGCUGAAUUACUUACAACGAGAUGAAUGUUCAAACGGAAAUGAGCUGGUUAAUCAAGCAACAAAACACCUUCGUUUCCGUCAAAAUCCAUACGAGAUCGAAUGUUUGCGUCCAACGAAAAACGAAAUUAAACGAUUAUUAAAAAACUGUGUUUCCGUUAGUCAUGUUACGUACCUGUGUCCCGUGUAUAUCUGUUGUUUAUUCUGUUAUCACAAAAUUAUUCAAUACAUGCAUGACAAAUUACGUUUACUCCAAUCGCGAUAAGGAAAAACCAGCUGAAUGGAAGCGCGAACGAUACCAACGCUAUGUGGAACAGAAGAAUGAGAAUAAAUAUUUGUAUUGUCCGUUGAACACAGUAGUAUUUAAUGUUAACUGUUCUAAACAAGCAUUAUCUGGUAAGUCAGAAAAACAAACUAUAGGUAUAAAAAAGGAUAUUGAAUAAAUCAACAUUUCAAGUGUAA